UUUGGUCCUCGCUGGCUGGUAGUACGGUAUUGUGUGUGUUCGCGUAGAGAAGUACUGCUCCUCUCUUAGUUAGUUUUAACUUAGUGGCGUAGUUAUAACGUAGCUAAACCCACAACUUGUCAAGUAUGAUCAUGGAUGCAACGGCUGCCGUGGAGAACCCAGCAGGGUCUCCCAGUGAGGUGCCCAAUGAUCCCGGCAAAAUGUUCAUCGGUGGUUUAAGCUGGCAAACUACUGCAGAGGGACUCCGUGAAUAUUUUAGCAAGUUUGGUGACAUUAAUGAAGUGAUGGUGAUGAAAGAUCCAACAACGCGCCGUUCAAGAGGGUUUGGCUUCGUAACGUUCAGUGAUCCGUCGAGCGUGGACAAGGUGCUCACGCUGGCCGCUCACGAACUGGAUGGCAAGAAGAUUGAUCCCAAAGUAGCAUUUCCUCGACGUGCUCAUCCUAAGAUGGUCACCCGCACCAAGAAAAUAUUCGUGGGCGGCCUCUCGGCGCCCACCACACUCGAGGAUGUCAAGAAUUACUUCGAGCAGUUUGGAAGGAUAGAGGAUGCCAUGCUGAUGUUUGACAAGCAGACAAACAGACACAGAGGUUUCGGCUUCGUCACUUUCGAGAGCGAGGAUGUAGUGGACAAAGUUUGCGAAAUCCACUUCCACGAGAUUAACAACAAGAUGGUGGAGUGCAAGAAGGCCCAGCCCAAGGAGGUGAUGCUGCCGACCAGCGUGGGGCGCGGCCGGGCCGGCGGGCGCGGCGGCUACGAUCUUGUUUGGUCGCUGGGAGCUCUCCCCGACGGUAUCCAGGCAGCUUACGCCGCCUAUGCUGGGCGCGGCUACGCCAGUUACCCGAGUUUUGGGUUCCCGUACCCUACAGGUUUCCCCGCCGGGUGUGGGUACUUCCCCUCAGCCACGGGCGCCUCAAUCACGGGCGUGUCCCCUCAGACGCCCACGCCCGCUGACGGAUUCAAGGCUGCUGCUUACUAUGACUCCGGUGCUGUCGCCACGCCCACACUCACCCCCACCGCCCCCAUCACGCCCACAUUGACGGGCGAAGUGACAGAGGAUAUGUUGCCUUACCACCUCCAGGCUGAGCGACUCGCGGCAGGCACCUACUACGACUCUGGCACACUCACUGGCACUGUCACCAUGAGCGGCGCGGGCCCCGAUCAAAGAGGCCAGCAGCCCAUUCAGGUGACCGCCGCAGCACCGCACUCCAGAGCUGACCACAUCAACUCCUCCCCAAUGCUCAGGACUACAGUUAUGAACAGCUUUCCCCAAGGGUACGGCCCACCUACAUCCCCAGCCACAGCCACCAGCAGGGGAUUUGGGCACACCGGCUCCCCAGGCCCAAUGGAUGUGUUCUCGGCGGCACCCGGAGACACUGCUGUGGGUUACGUGCAGGCAGCCUCCCCACAGCCCUCCUCCUUCCCUGUCACUGUUAACCGGGGCCCCCUCAUAGCAGCUUACGCUAAUGGAUACCAUUGAGGAACCUGCCAUUGUAUGGUACGCGUUGAAUUGUAGGCAACUUUAGACGGUGGAAGCAGGUGUUGGGUGCCUCCUCCUCCCCCCCCACACCUUGCCGUGGGGGGGGCGUCUUCAAAGUGAGCGCCGCCGUACGGAUUUCCACAGCAACCCGUUAACCACCACCACCACCACCAUAACCACCACUAUAACCACCACCACCACUACUACUACUACUACUACUACUACUACUACUACUAUUACUACUACUACUACUACUACUACUACUACUACUGUUGUUGUCGUUAUUACUUCAGCCGUUGUUACUACAAGGCUGUCUUUUUUUUUUUUUUUUUUUUUCCUCCUUUUUCUGUUUUAUUUCCCAGCGUUUGUUUUGUUUGUCCUUCAUUUUCUCCCCGCUGUGUUUCUGUCUCCGCAUCCUUCCAGUUUUGAACAUUUCACUUUUUGGUUUGUUUUUAUUUCUUCUCUUCGUGUUUAUCGUUCUUCUAUUUCUUCUUCUCCUCUUGUUCCUCCUCCACCCCUCCUCCUUCACCUCCACCUCCUCCUCCUCCUCCUCCUCCAUCUCCUCCUCCAGCUCACAACUCACUCACCACCACUCUCCACCACCACCACCACGGAGCGUCCCCAGCCAGGAGGGGGCGCCGCUCCCGGCCCCUCCCCACACUCUGAGAGGCGCGUCAUCUUUGAGCCAAGCACUUUCUGGAUGCGGUUGGGGGGGCCCACCUUUCUGCCCCCCUCGCCCCGCCGCCCCGCCCCGCUCUCCGCAGCGGGGCGCCACGUGCUGUUUGUUCCGAGGGCUCCGACCUGAGAGAGAGAGAGAGAGAGAGAGAGAGAGAGAGAGAGAGAGAGAGAGAGCAAACUCUUCACUCCUCACUCCUGCUCUUGUUGUUUGCAUGUGAGAAAUAAGGAAAAUAAAAUAAUAAUAAUAAUAAUAUUAAUAAUAAUAAUAAUAAUAUUAAUGAUAAUAUUAAUAAUAAUAAUAACAAUAACACUUAAACGGGAAACUUUUAAAAGCGUAAAAAAAGUGAUUUGGAGUUGGUAUUUAUAAAUAUAUAAAUAUAUAUAUAUGACUAUACAUAUAAAUAUAAAUAAGAGUAUACUUGUAGUGAACUGUGGGUAGCAUUUUGUGUAUAUACAGUACAUGUAGCGGUGGUUCUCGAGAGAGGAGGGAACCACGACCGGGUUGGUUCGGUUCUGAUCCACGAUACAGUUCAAAAUAACCGAUCUCGCCACAACUAGGUAGAUGACGUAAACAAAAACACACACAUAAAAAAAUACAGAUAAAAAAGUCUUAUUCAUGUUCACACCUCGAUAGACUCAUUAUUAGACCACAAAUUUUAAAUAAAAAAAACUUGUACAGGGUAAAGAAUGAUGUUUGUUUUGAUGCGUUUUUUUCGUUUGUCUUUUAUUUAGCGUUUGUGUUUUGUUGAUUUUAUGGAGAUGCGUUUUUGAGGCAAUUUUCUGGUGUGAGAGGAAGAGAAUGUGUUCCUCACCAUUUCCUGUGUUCGUUUUGCUUGUUUUGAUCGUGUGUGUGGAGGUGAAGUCAGGUCAGGUCGAUGAGGGCACGGAGGAUGACCUGCUGACCCGUAGCUAGCCAUCCCAGGUCACGUGACACUCGGGUUGGGUCAAAUCAGGUCAUCUCUGUGGACUCAACGACCUCGCUUAUCAGUGUUGCUUUCUGACUUGUUUGAAACACGAAUGAAACGAGAAAAUGACAAACUUAUUCAUUUUUUUUCAAGAUUUGUUGGUAAAUUUGUGAGAAAGAAGGAGUUUGGUAGUCGUAAUUAUUAUUUUUUUUAUUACAUUGCAAGUUGUGAUGAUUAAUUAACCUGCUUCAUCAUUGUACAAUAUUGAGUUUUUUUUUUUUUUUUCUAUAAUGUUUCGUCAGUGACUGGAAUUUUUUUUUUUUUUUUUUUUUUCCAAGCGAUGAAGUUGUUGGAAUGAUUUGCACGAUUUCUUUUCUGAGGCGCAAGAAAAGAGUGUGAAAAAAAAAAUGGUUUACAUGUAAUUAGUGUUGUUGUUGUUGGUUUGUUUGACACACCUGGCGAAACACACCUGCCUGGAAGAGGGUGACGCGGAUAGUGAUAAUGAUGAUGAUGAUGAUAAUGAUGAUGGCAGCGCAACGGUCAGGAAAAAGCAAAGAAAGAAAAAAAACAGAACAAGGGACAAGAGAAACAAAGAAAAUAAGAAAAAGUCAAGAAAUUAGACAAGCUUUCUUUUUCUUCCUCUUUUACUCGUUUGUUUGUUAAUGGAUGGAUUGUGUUGUGUGCUACCUCUGCAACCCGUUUUCUGUGAAGUGGAGAACGUUUUCUAGUUGAGAACACCUGAGAAAUGGUCACUGGAUCACCUGGUACCCCUGACCGUGAGAGUGUGAGUGAGAGUGAGAGUGAGAGUGAGAGAGAGAGAGAUAGCAGGUCGGGUGUCGGUAACUGGUAACUGGUAACACAGGCAAGAGGCGACACACACAGGGCAACAGGGUGCAAGGGGUCACUGCAGUAUUGUGUUUGUUGUGUGUUGUUCAGGUUUUCCUUCUCUCUUCCUCCUGCGUUCCUUUGGCUGUCGUCAGUUUGUUGGUGUUCGUCUGUAUUGCUCCUGUUUCCUUUUGAUUUGGGUUAAUUCGAGCCGCCCAAAGUAUGUCUUAAGGUGAGAGAAUAGUUUGUCUUUCAAUGUAGAAGAAAAUAAAAAACCUAAUAGUUGGAUCAGUACAGCUAGUAAAUAGAGUAAUAAUAAUAAUAAUAUUAAUAAUAUUAAUAAUAAUAAUAAUAAUCCAUCUUCUGUUGUAAACUUAAUAGUAAUCCGAACGUUUAUCAUUUGCUAUGAGUGAAUAAAUAAAUAUAUAUA